UUGGAUCCUUCCAGGCUUGUCGCCAAAGGAGGCCUGGCUGGGGGGGCUGUGUACGGGGCCUACGACCAGGGGCUGCUGGGCAGUGGCACACAAGGUGCUGAAGCCUUCAGGAAAGCUCAAGCAGCGCUGCCUCCAGCCAUCCAGGAGUGGAUAAGUUACGCGGGCUGGGAGCUCCCACCCAUUCCAAAACUUGAGUUUUCCCCUUCUGAUUUCUGGAAUAAAGGAGUGCGGAUGGUGAUGUCAGCCUUGUCCGUGGCUCCCACCAGGGCCUGUGAAUACACUGCAGAAGGCUGGAAGUACGUGAAGGACCUUGUCAAGUAG